CAGAGGAGAGGAGAGAGAUCCAAGCUGCAAGGAACACAGAGAGAAAACACGCUGCUUCUGCAGGAGACAAGCAUGUGAUAAAUUCCAUCAAUUCAUGUAUAAUUGGGCAAACAUGGGAACAGGGGGAUUAAUCAAAUAACAGAAAAAAUAAAGAAGGAAGAUCUUCCGUCUGGAAGGGAAGAAACUGCAGAUCUCUGGAAAAAACAGAAUAUGAAGAAAUGCGGGUGUGUUUUGCUUCAGCUCAAAUGACUGACUUCAGGGAAUGGUGCUGCAUUUAUGAGGUGAUGCGCUGGAUAGAUCAUGUCUGAGGUACAAGGAACUGUUGAGUUCUCAGUCGAGCUGCACAAAUUCUACAAUGUGGAUCUCUUUCAGAGAGGAUAUUACCAGGUGCGUACUGCACUGAAAAUCCCACCCCGAAUUCCUCACAGGCUGACAACAACACUGACAGGACCCACAGGUGAUUCAGUCACCAAUCCACCCUUCAUUCAUGACAACACAGUUUACAGUAAGAUAUUUCAGAUCCUGUACAGAAACGAAGAGAUCGUGGUGAACAGUUCCAGUCUCUUCAGAGUUCACCUCUUAUUGGAUGGAGAAAGGGUGGAAGAGGCAUUGAAUGAAGUGGACUUUCAGCUGAAGCUUGAUCUACAUUUCACAGACUCUGAACAGCAACUGAGUGAUAUUGCAGGAAUACCUUUGAUCAGUAGCCGAAGACUGGGUCUUCACUUCCAUCCGAGGAGAGGGUUACACCAUCAUGUACCUGUCAUGUUUGACUACUUCCACCUCUCGGUCAUAUCCGUUACUGUGCAUGCAUCACUUGUUGCUUUACACCAACCCUUGAUAAGUUUCCCUCGCUUAGGCAAAGGCUCAUGGCUUAGUAAAGGUGGUCAGGAGAUGGAUCCAGAUAUAUCAAAUCUAACUCUUGAAAACUUGGUGCUUGGACCCAGCUAUUACAAGCAGCUCACAGCUGAGGGGAACAAUACCGUCACCUCUGAGAGUUGCUUGCAGCAAGCGUAUCGAUGGCACGAAAGCCUGUGCCGAAUCUUACUCUCUGCCUACAAAGGACUCUUCUGCUAUUUCAGUACAAUAAUGAAACAGGUCCCAGAAAUGCAUCAGAUUCAGCUGGAGGACUGCCUUAUAGACGAGACUCUGUCACAGCUUUGUGUUAACCUACAGAUGUUUAGCUGCCCGGAUAAAGUGGCAGAACAGAUUAGCAAGGAUUUGCAGCAGCUCUGCUCCUGUCUUGCAGCUCUGUGGAACCAGUUCCGGGACAGCACAACUCUUCAAGAAGAUGUAACAGCUUUCUUACGCCAAGACCACCACAGUCUAAGGGUAAGAAGAUUCUCAGAGGCCUUCUUCUACAUGGAACACCAGAAACAGAUGGCACUUACAUUCCAGGAACACGUAAUCCAAAGUCACAGUCAGAUUGCAGCAGCUGUCAGAAAUUCAUCCUACCUCACCAGCAUGCCUCCAUUGCCUAUCGAGUGUCUGGACAUAGAUGGAGACUGGAGUAAUCUUCCUAUUAUAUUUGAAGACCGAUAUGAGGAAUCCAUUUCCAAAGCAAACCACAAAUUUGACAACAGCACAUCCAACAAGGAGGUGGGAACUAAGCUUAACCAUGUAUUGGACACUCACAUUUCGGAGUUUGCAAGCUUACCGGCUGGAAUGAAACAGUACCAGCAAGCGCAAAAUAGUGGCUUAACCUCUGAAACCUUCAAAAUGCUUACGACAAGCAUGUCUGGGUCGCAACCUCUGAAUGAAACUGUUUCCUUGGAAACGAUGUACAACUCUGUGGAUCUGGCUGCUUUUGUCAGCCAAGAAUAUGACGAACUUGGUGAGAUUGAAAUCAAAAGCAUUCGGAGCUUAGAAGUGGACAGAUUUAUUGGACAAAGUCAAGGGGAACUCUCAACAAUCUAUGAACAUCAAACUGAUUCACUCAGAUUGAAUGAAAUCUCAAUAGGUGCUGACCAGCAAGAAACAGUUCCUGAAUUUGAAAAUGCAGCAUUAGUCAAACAAACUGGGUCAGCUUCAGACUUGACAUAUAUUGAAGUAAAACUCAGCAACAAGGAUCUUUAUCAUGGAGACACUGUGUCAGGAGUUUGUUCUCCAAAUAAUACAGAUACAAAUGAAUCAUCUCUAUCUAACGACUAUGAAGUUAGUGAAAAGGAGGAACUGUUACAUACUGUAAUGAGCUCUGAACAUGUAGACAGUGAGUCUGUCGAGCAAGAAUCUGUGAAAAGAAAAAUUGAGAAUGCUGACUAUCCCAUUAUUUCUGGGGUUAUGAAGCGGUCUCUUUCAAUUAUAUCUGACUCUGGCAUAGAGAGUGAGCCCAGUUCGGUGGCUUGGCCUGAGAUACGCAAACCUCUGGAUUCAUCUAAUGACCGGGACCUCAUGCAACAGAUAGUCAGAGCACAAGCAAUGCAUAGGAAUUCCCUGGAAGGCGGUCAGACUGAAAGUGGCACCAGUCUGCCAAGCGGCAUUCAAGCUUCUUUGACAUCAAUCAGUUCGUUGCCUUUUGAAGACGAGGAAGAGGUAGAACUCAGCAAAUUGACUAAAUCUGUGUCAGCCCCGCAGAUCAGCAGUGCUGAUCAGUUGGAUGAAACUCCUGACUCUUUAGCACAGAAUCAAACAGCGGAUAAAAAAGGCUGGGUCAGUGGGCUUCCCUCAGAAAAGGCAGAGGGAGGCAAAGAUGAAACAGGUGCAGUUCAAAGAGAUGUCAAUGAUGUUUUUGAUUCCCCUACAGAUAAAGAGAUCCUACAAAAGAGCUUAGAACAACCAGUGCAGAAUGAUGGUUGCACAAAGGCUGCUGAAAAAAACUCUAAUGAGGCUAGUGAAAAUCAAUGGCUAUCCUGUGAAAUGGAUGAUUGCCACCAUUAUGCAGAUGAAUUUGAUGCCAAGAGCCUGAAGGAUAGCACAGAUCUUGCCAUUAAAGAGCUCAUGUGCAAGAAGGUGAAUUUCAGUGAGUUAUUAGAUAGAAGUAGUAAUACAUAUGACCCUAACGAUCCUACAGAAGAGAUUAAGUACUCACUACUUCCCCUUUCUGAUGAGAUCCAAACUGGCCAAUCUGGUUCGUUUGAUGACAGGCUGCCAAAUGGAAAACUUGUGCCAGACAGUAGUGGCGAACUAUCCACAUAUAAAGUGGCUGCACCAUCUAAGUCAACAGAAGCUUUAGAACCAACCACAGCUCCUUUCAGUGAAGUGAUUUUGAACGACAGGUUGUGUCACGAAGAGCUCCCUUGCCAACGUGAAGAGAAGGUGGAGACUGCAAUUAACAAGGAUCAGCACUGUGACAGUUCUGCCCUGCAACGUGAUGAGUUUGAGGGUGAAAAGCCGCCCGUUGGCAGCAACGAUGGUGAGCUUGAGCCUCUAGCUGAUGGUGGAACUUCCUCUGGAACUGGUGGCUCAGGCAUGGUGUUUGAAAAAAGGAACAUGGUUGAGGUUGUGAAUCUUUCUGUUUCAUGCACAGCUACGUGUCUGCCAUUUUCUUCCAUGCUCAGGGAGUCUCCAGUUGCCUUUCCUUCAAAGCAGGUAGCAUCGCCCAUCACAAGACAGCCCAUGGGCUCUUUUGGAGUUGUCUCAGCUAAUUCACAGGACAGCGAUGAAGAAACCAAUGAGAGAAUGGUGAGUUUUGUGCAGGCCAAAAAUGAGUUGAUAAAGGGCCUGAAGUUUGAAGGCAUGCUGUACAGCAAUCUGCCGUUUCUGGCUUCCGAUGUUCCAUAUUUCACCCCAGAAGAAGAGGAAGAGAAUUUAGAGGAGGGAAUCCACCUGGUGGUCUGUGUUCAUGGAUUGGACGGUAACAGUGCAGAUCUACGACUUGUCAAGACGUUUAUUGAACUGGGGCUUCCUGGUGCCAAGCUGGACUUCUUGAUGUCUGAAAGGAACCAGAGUGACACCUUUGCUGAUUUUGAUACAAUGACGGAUCGACUCUUGGACGAGAUUGUUCAACAUAUCCACCUCUACAAUCUGACGAUAUCUAGAAUAAGUUUCAUUGGCCACUCACUGGGCAACAUCAUCAUUCGCUCAGUGCUGACACGACCAAGAUUUCGGUGUUACCUCAGCAAGCUGCAUACGUUCCUAUCGCUGUCUGGGCCACAUCUGGGAACAUUAUAUAACAGCAGCACGCUGGUUAGCACAGGCCUCUGGCUCAUGCAGAAACUGAAGAAGUCUAGCUCACUGUUACAACUAACCUUCAAGGACCAGGCUGAUCCUCGCAAGACUUUUUUGUAUAAACUCAGUGAAAAACCAGGGCUACAGUACUUCAAGAACGUUAUGCUGGUGGCAUCACCACAAGACCGAUAUGUUCCUUUUCAUUCUGCCCGGAUUGAAAUGUGUAAGACCGCAUUGAAAGAUAGACAGAUCGGUUGCGUUUACACGGAGAUGAUUAACAACCUCCUUCGGCCAGUGACAGAGGCUGACGACUGCACCCUGAUCCGCUACGACAUCUUCCACGCAUUGCCAAACACUGCCAAUGCGCUAAUUGGCCGGGCAGCUCACAUUGCCGUCCUCGACUCUGAACUCUUCCUGGAAAAGUUCCUUCUGGUGGCAGGGCUAAACUACUUCAAAUAGUACUACUGCUUCACUCACGGCACCCGAGUGUUCCCGUGAUAACAUUUCCAGGUGCUUUCAUGUGGGAAAGCAUGGACCGAGUCGGUAUUGAUUCGAUUCUGCAUACAUCCAUAUAUUAACCCUUGCAAUCAAAAUGAUUGUGUUGUAAAUAGUACCAAAAGAAAUUUACAUUUCAGAUUAAAUUUAUCUAAAACUGCUUUCCUGCCUUAAAUUCACAGAAAUUAUUACUAGGCUUUCUAUGAAAAACAACUUGAGUAGGCAAUUUUGAUCUAUGUUCAUAUUUACUGUUAAAGCAUCACGUCUAUCGCCAUGCGGAAAUGAAUGUUUGUUAAUUGCUCCCCCUUGGACUGAAAACUGCACCACAAUGAUUUCUUAGACUAUACACAUUAUUUUGAGUAAAACUAAGAUGGAGUUUUUAGCAUCUGCAAUGUUCCUGUGUCAGUUUAAGCCCAAGUUAAUCUGCAAAAGCCUUCUCUGUCACAGUUGCACGUUUUAAAGAGAGCUACUUCAUGCAGCGUCAAGAGACAGUCAGAUUGAUGUGUGAAUAUAAUCACAAUUCAACCUGCUUAUUAUAAGAUUUGGGUGUCACCAAGUAGUUAUGAAAGACUACCCGGCACCCCACUACUAAUUAAUUAACAUUAUCUAUAGCCAGGCAUACACUGACACUAUGUGGCCAGUCUCUGCUGCACUGUGUGACUUGAAAUUGGAGCAAAAAUGUGUUCAUGAGCUCAGCAUGGUCAAGAAUACCAAUAAUGAAGAAGGGAAUCUAACUUCACCAUGAACACUAAGUUUCAGCUGCUUGAAGCACAACUCUGUACUUUUUAUUCUGUACUUUUGGAGCCAUGCUUGUUGCUGAUCACCGAGUAAAAUUCACACCUACCUGGUAUGAUCAUCCAUCCCCUCCCACCCCCCUCUUCCUGCCUCCACUCCCCAAGGGUUAGGGAAUUUGUUGGGAUUCUCAGCUUUGAGACCCUCUGCACCAAUAGAGGCUUCAGCAAAGUAAUGUUGUCGACCAUCCGGGUGGGGUAAGUGGUGCAGGUGGAAGUGGAGGGGAUGAGGGUUGAGGUGGAGUAGGGAAUUGUUUAAUCAAAAUAUGCCAUAAAAAAAGAGGAAAAAUGUUGAUAGCCAGUUGAAUCACAUCCCUGGCUUAGCCUGGGCUGUCAAAACUGCCAAAUGCUUAAAUCUUCCUCAUACAAAAACAAUCAAAACAUAUUUAAAACAUUUAAAUUCCUUUCCCUAAACAUAAAAUAUCUAAAGCCACAAGUUGUUGGAAAAAUUCCAAAUUAACUAUUAUAUUCCCGAGUUCUUCACAGCUGCCUCACACCAUUAAGAUGAAGAGGGAAACACCUCCUGCAUCAUUUCUAUCCUGGUGCAUUUACUCAUUCAGUUUCUCCAUUAUACAUCAACUUUGCUCUGCCUUGCUGAACUCCAAAAGAGUAGAACAAGGAAGGCCUGCCAAUCUAGACCAUUAGGUGUCCAUACAGAAAAUAAAAAUGGCAAACUGAUGACCACACCUCAGGUAGUUCUGCGUUCAUGUGGGAAUCCCCAGGUUGCUCAGAGUUACUCUGGGGAAUGUGUGUAGUGUUAUGCACGUAAAUGCGGAUAUUUCCCUGCAAAAUUUGGACUACUACAUUGCUAACUUUUGUUGUUUGCAAAUGCAAAUAAAAGCAGAAAGUCAUAAACAGGCUCAUGUCUCGAAAAUACCCAGUUUACCUACAAUGCAAAGUCAAGAUCUAACCAAACAAAAAAAAUUAGUAGGUUAACUUACAAGGCUUUGGUUUCAAAAAUAUUGAUCAUUUCUAGAUGGGAAAAAGUAAUCACCUUAAAAUUGAAACAAGAACUGACUUUGUUAAAUAAUAUUUGUGGAACUGAAAAAAAGAAUAGGUGACAGUGACAGCAGGGACAUUGGGGAAGGAGUUGAGAAGAUCACAGAGCAUCCUGUUAGAAGACAUGGAGCAGCAAGGAGAAGGAGGAUAUUGUUGGCAUCAGGUAUGUGGAGAAGAGUGGUGUGUCUAGAUAUAUUAACAGUUUUGACUUGGGGCCCAUCCUCACUCAGUGCUUCAAAUUGACUAUCUUGCAUUAACCUGCUAAAUCAAUCAGUCCUUGCUACCUGGUUUCCAAGUGUCAGGAAACUUAUGCUUUCAGAGUUAAAGGUGUAUGCCCAGUCCAGUUGAAAUAUUUGAAUGAGGACACUUCCACUUCCUCCCACCUAUCAACCUCCUUGGAAUGAAUUAAUUGCUCAUCUCCCAUCUCUUUCCAUGCGUGGGUUGGGAGAAAAGACUGAAUUUUUUUCUUCGUUUAUGUAAACACCUUUCCAAAAGGAAGCUGGUUGCUUUUGGGGUAAAGGGUAUAAAAUCCUCCAGACACCCAACCACACAGACGUAGAGAUCAACUGACGAUUCGUUGACUAAUUACUGAACAUGGGACAUGUUGUGCUAAUUCAGUUGCAGGUUGGAUUUACAAAUUAACCUACUGAGCAGCUCCGAAUCUUUGAGAAAAUGUUACAAUCUUGUCAAAAAUGCAGCAAGUAUGCUACAGUCUUGUGUAACAUCUCCAGCCCUUUGUUAUUCCCAGCAUGAACAUCUUUGAAGGGCAGAGAUCAAAGAUCUACUCUGAAUCUACAGUAUUAUUGGAGAAUUGAUUUUAAUGCUCAGUUUUGGUUUAAUUAUGUUGUGUUUGGGACCUCCUUCUGUAAAUUGUUGAAGUGCCAUAUCCUAAUUCAGUGUUAUUUGUUAUUAAAUAUACCCAUAUCAUGAUUGUGUACUGCCUAUAUGCACUGUUUAUCUUUCCAUAAUAAUUAAUAUUUAAACAGUAUGGUAAUAUUAAUUCUGACAGUAUUUGAGAUUGUACAUGUAAGAAUGUAAAAUCCAGUUUAUAAAUUGCACAUUUAAGUGUUUUUUUUACUGAAAUGACAGGGUAGCAAAAGAUGUGGACAUAAUAUAUACUCAAGAACAGUAUGUUAUCUGGAUGUUAUUUACUUUAGGCCCACCAUAUUUGUGCAAUACGAGUCUGUGAUUAACUGAUGCUUGCAAUUGACAUUGAAAUGUGGCAUCCGUCUGGGUAUCUUUGCGUUAAUCAAAAUACGUAAAAUGUACACAAAGUAUUUUUCUACUCGCAAAGCAAGUUCUGUGCUUACAUUUUGCGUGUUGUCUAGCUCCCAUCCUUUCCCAGCAUAUCUAAUUCCAGCUCUGCUUCAUCUUGAAGCCCAGGAAGAAAUCCUGGAAAUCUGAAACAUAAGCGACUGAAUGGGUUGAUCAGCAUCUGAAAGGGAACCAACACAGGGGUUGACUUUUAUCUUCACAUGUUCGGUGUUCAUCUGCUGGAUUGAAUAGACCACACAUUGUAAAGUCUGUCUGAAUUCAGAUAAAUAAAAAAUAAUGACAUAUUAUACAAUGGACAGGCAAUUCACUACCAGAACCAUGUCUUCAGAAAGUUUACCAAAGUAUUUCUGAAAGGUUCCUUGCAAAAUCUAUUUUCCUCAUUCUAAUCAAUCUAUUGAAGUAAUGAGCAACAGGCUCCUGUGUCUUUGGCAUAGAUUUAAUUUAACCAUCUUUGCAUGAUAUCAUUUUUGGUAGUUCUACUUCUUUGAGAUGAUAUAUUGCCACCCACCAUGGGAGCUUCUCAUUAGAUGAUGUUCCAACAUUCUUUUCUUCCUGACUAGUUCAAGCAAUUUCAGCGUGAUGUUAAACCUCAUUCUCUAUUCCCUAUUCAGCUACUGUGAGAGUGUGCACCAACAUUUAAUAUGGAGAUUCCAAAUUCAAGAACCCAUUUCCCAGAGGUAGGAAGGCCAGCAAUCAGUGGUUUCUUUAACCUAGAUAUUGUCAAUUCAUUCAUGCACAACAGACUUAUAUGUAGAUGGGGGAAAGCUUUUGGGGUGUCAAGAAGCAAGUUACCUGCCACAGACACUGAUUUUCUUUUGCAAUCUCAUUAUUUCUGCAGUUCAUCCAAUAAUGUUUCACCCAUCAAUCUGUAGGCUGUUGAUGGUUGGUGAUUUGCUGAUUGUAAUGCAAUUGAAUGUCAAGGGUAGGUGGUUGGACAACCUUAGAGAUGCCCAUUGCCGAGCGCUUGUGUGGUUAUUUCAAUUUCAAGCCACUAUAAGGAGUAAUGAUUACAUUUAACUUUCUUUUCUGCCUGUCAAUUUGUAUUGAUUUUUUGUGUAAAAGUCAUACGUCUGUUAAUGACACCAUCAGCAGAGCUAUUUGAGCAAUGUUACUAAGCCGCACUGCUAGAAGGAGCUCUAUGAGCUGCUGCACAUUUGACAUGGCAAGGUCAUUGACACAUUGUUGGGUAAUGGGCUAUAUCUUUUGUUGUCCUAAAUCAGUUAUGAGCACAGUUGGAUUCAGUGAAACUUCAACUGCAGCAUCAACCUCUCCGUAAGAUCUCUUACAUGGACUGAUCAUGCUCCUAUCAGAACUAUGUUAUGUUGUACAGCAGAACCAUUAUUUUGAGGGCUUAAGAAUAUGGCUGGGAUUAUGCUCAUACAUGGAACAUAAAGGGAGCUACAGGUUCCCCUGUUUUGUACAAUGGCACAAUCAACAAAACAAUAUUUAUUAACUAUUGUGAUGGCUAGCAAGAUUCAUAUGAAUAUUAAAUAAACUGAAAGAAAUAAUAAAGAAGCUUUAAUGCAUUCUUGUUUAACACUUUAAACUAGCUAAGUUUAGCAUUUAAUGCUUUAUGAUGAUGUUUUUAAUGUUUCAUUGGAGCAAUUACAGUUUGUUUCGUGCCUCUCUGGGUCUUUGUCACACAUUAACAUUUUGCCACAGGUCCACUUACAUCUUGAACUUCUAUCAGCCUUGUCUGCUUAACGAUGGAAUGUGCACUUUACAAAAACUAAUGAUCCUGGUUCAAGGUGCUAAAUUUGAGUAAAUUGAGUGAGAGAUGAACUCUCAACCCAUUUCAAAUAGGUAGACACUAAGUGAGCUUUUCACAUAAUAAGAUCUGCAAUAACGCAAGUAGAUUGUGCUGGGUCACAGUUGAAUCUAUGAUUAAAUUAUUACCAGAGACAUACUCAUGAAAUGAAAAGAGCUUUUCAUUUUAACCUUCCUAAUCAAAGGCUUCACAUUACAUGGAUCAAUGAACUGGUUUGGUUAUUCUGUUCAUUUAUAUCUCUUUAUCCCCUACAGAUCACACUGUAUUGCUGAGGACAAAUAGUAGCCCACUCUUUCUUAUCCAAUCUCUUCCUGUACUUCUGUCAAUCGCAUUAUGUGCAUUACUUGUCUAAAUUGUUCAUAGUGUCUUCUAAUCCCAUAAUUCACCAUUUUGUACAAUCUCCACAUUUUUCCCUAAUCAUGACAUCAGCCAUAUCAGAAAAUACCAGCAGCUCAAAAUUGUCAAGUUCUGCAUAUUUAAUUUUACUUUCACUUGCAACUUCCAAACUUCAAACGAAAAGCAAAGCUUUGCAUUGUCUUCAGCUUUCCUCACCCUACUCUCUUUAACCUUUCCUACUGCCAAUCGUGCCUGUAGAUCUUAAUCCAUCACACAAAUGAGUCAACAAGACUUGUCCAUCUAGAUGUUAAUUAUUUCUAGACUUUCCAAACUAAAGAGGCUAAGCACCUAUUCAAGCUACAUGAAAGUAAUUGGGUUGACCGCAGGUCAGGAAUAAAACCUCACUUAUUGUAGGCUCAUCCAAAAAAGGAGCCCAGUCAUUCCAGUUACCCACCAUCCGACAGUUCUCAAGCAGGAAAUGCUUCAGAAUGGAGAGCAGGUCAGUGAGAACAUAAAAUUGCAAUAUUCUGAGCAAGACCAUUUACACAAAUUCAUGAUCAACUUAUUUGUUUCAGUUUCAGAUGCUAUUUAACCCUUACUCUUGUUUCUGCUUUUAAUUCAGAUUUCCAAUAUUCACACCUCUUUUUGAUCCAGGGUUUACAAAUAUUGACUUGGCACUGUAACAAGGUCAAAAGUGCUAUCACCAGCAAAGCCAACUAAACUUCCUGGACCCAGAAUCCCACCUUUAAUAUUAAAACCAUUGAGUGCAGAGAACCAUAUUAGCAAUCCACAAACAAUUCUUCCAGAACCAGCCCACAUCCACUCACCUUAAUGGUAACUGUGAUCUAUCAGUUGACUUUGGGGCAAGCACCACGGACCAAACUGGUUAAUUUAACAGAUUGGAUACAAGCAAGGUGGGGUGCUUUCAGUCUUUGACUGAGAAGUUCCUUGGAGUUGCUGGCAGAGCGUUCCUUCACAGGCAGAAUGGACGUAUGUAAUUCAUAUCAUUCAAGUGAAGUAAUGCUGGAGCAGUGGGAGUAGCACCAAGGAAUUUCCAGUCCUUUAUAACUAUUCAUGUAAAUGGAAGCAUAAAUUUAUUGUAUACACUGAUGUCAUUGCAAGAUGGAAAUCUUCUAUUUAUUUUGACUAAAACUGUACAGAAUGGAUAGUCAUCAAUACCAAUAUGAUUCUACUAUUUUUCUACAUUUGCUUUUGCAUCAUUCGUGGUGGCUCGUGUUCUGUGUACAAACUGAAUAAAGUUGUUGACUUACUUUA